AUGAAUUAACUUGAAAUGAGUGAUGAAGGAGUUGCAGAACAAAUUGUAGAAUUAUGUGAGCAAAUCAAUGAAGGGAUCUGGAAUGAUGAAUCUGAAAUUUUAGAGUCGUUUAAAGAAAUAUUUGAAAAUUUGAAUGAGUAAAAGUAAAAAACUGCUCUUGUUUACAUUAAGAAUAAUUAAUCAACCUAAAUAUAUGUUAAGAAACUUGAAUUGUAAUUCUUAAAUACAGAAGCUCAUUAACCCUAAAUAGAAGAGGUAAUUGAUUAUAAAAAUAUAUAUAAAUAAAUAACUCAUCAACAUACAGAUUGGUCAUAAUUAAUCAAUCUCUUAAAAUAAAAAGAAUUCUGUGAAUAAAAUAAUAUUAAUCCUGUAAUUAUAAAUAAUUUUGAAAUUCUAUAAAAACUUAAAGUAAAAUUAUUCAGCCUAUUAAAAAUAAGUGAACUAACAUAAAUUAAAGAAUUUGGAUAUCCUUAUCUGAAUAUGUUUAAAGUUUUAUUAGGAUUUAUUGAAAAGGAUAAUGAUCUAGAUGAAUCAGAGGCAAAAAAAUUAGAAAUGAUUAUUGGAGCUUUAUUAGAAAAAUAAAUAAUGUAAUUUUUAGAAUAUGAAGAUAAUUUAUUUUAAUCUUAAAACUCUGAAAUUAUCAAAAAAAUACUCGUUGCUAUAUAACAGGAAGGAAAAGUAUAUAAAGAUAUUUCAACUGAAUUAUGUUCUCUCACCUUUGAUUAAAAAAUGUUUAUUAAGAUAUGUACUAUUCAAACAAAGGAAAAAGCAUUAGAAAAUAUCAGAAAAUAGAUUUCAUUGUUAUUUUAUUGUGAGAACUUAAAAUGGGAAUAAAAAUUGGAGAUGAAAAAUAUAGAUUAAAAUAUUCUUAAGUAUCAUGGAUUUGAAAGUUUAUACUUUAGCAUAAUCUUCUACUUUUGGCAAUAAUACUGUUAUCAAAAAUAUGUUGAAUUGAAUCAAUUUCAAAUUAAUUUAAAAAAAUUGACUAAAAUUGAAUAAAAAUCUAAAUUAAUAAAGGGUUUUAUUUCUAAAGCAAAAUAAAAUAGUUAAGAUUAAAUUUAUCUGUUUAUGAUCCAUCAUUCAAUACAAUUUUCAUCUGAAAAAAAAGAAUAUAUUAUUGAUGAAGAAAAAAUAUAAAACUAUUAUGAAUUUUAGCAAAAUAAUUAUAAUUAAAUUUGUACUGUAUUUGGACGCAGAAUAGAAAAUUUUUUAUAAACUGAUUUAUAUUGUUAAUUAAACAAUUUAAGAUUUAUACCUUUAUUUAAUUUGAGAAAGAUAAUCUAAUAAAGUAAAUAAAAUGAAUAUGUUGAUCAAAUUCAAACCAAACAAUAAAUUGGAAUAAAUUUAGAUAAUGAUAUUACUUAAAUACAACAAAAUAAAUCAAUAAAACAAUGUUCAUAAGAUAUUUUCAAUCAAUGUAUUGAGAAAAAUUUAACAGAAUAAUAAGAUUUUAUUAUUUCACUGUUAUUUUAAAAUCCUUAAAGAGAAUUUUUUAAUUAAACGAUCAAAGAUUUAGUAUUAAAAUUUAUAUUUCAGCAAAGUGAUGACAUUCAUACAUACAUAAAUGAAUUAAUAAAUUAAGAAUAACAUUUAUCAUUUGGAGAGGUUGUAUUAUUAUUAGAAUUGUUGAGUCCAAAAUUUGAAAAAAAUAUAAUAAGUAUCAUAAAACUCUAUAAACUAAAUUAAUCCUUGAAACUUAUUGGGGUAGUAUUUUGCUUAAUUUAAUUUUUUACAGUUAAUUAAUAAUUAGUAGGAAAGCAAGAAAAAUUAUCAAUAAAAGAAUCAUUAUAAUUAUCAGAAGAAUUAAUCAUGUAGUUAUUAUAAUUAAAUGAAAAAGAGUUACUUUCACUUAAAAUUCUGUUUGGAAAGAAAAAAUUCUAAAUACUUUUAGUGGCUGUAGUCAAUUAAUAUUUAAUUUCAAACAUUAAAGCUAAGACUUAUUACAUGAAAAUUCUAAAAAUAUUAGUCCCAAUAUGUCCAGGAAAAUAUCAUGUUUCAAUUUAAACAUUCAGAAUCUUAUUUUUCAGUAUAAGACCUGGGUUAUUGAAUUACUUAUUCUCAUUAAGUAAAAAAAAAAACAUUACACAAGAUGAUUUUAAAAAAACCUUAAUAAUAAUUUUUACAAUUAUGGUAAAUAAGAAUCAAUAGACCUCAAAAUUUAUACUGUCUAACCUACAUUAUUUCUUUACUCAGUCUUGUUAUGAUUUCGAUUAGAUUUGGAGAACUAGACAAAUGUAAGUUAUGGAUAAGCAUAAUUUUAAGUUUAACCUAAUUAAAUUCUUAAAUUCCAGAUACCUGAUCAAAAGUUUGGUGGAAGAAUGCUUUUCUCUAUUUAAGGAGAAUCCUCAAUUUUAUAAGGAAUACCUGGGAAAAGUAAAUUAUUUUAAAAAUAUCUAAAUACAUUCUGUUUAUUUUCUCCAAAAAAAUAUAAUUGAUUAAUGCCCAUCAGAUGGUUGCUUUUCACUUGAAGAUUUCAAUAUCUCAUUAACUGAAACAUCAUCCCAAUAAGAGAAGAAAAUUGUGUAGGAUUGGAUGGAAAAUAUAAAGGAUACACAAAAAUUUAAAUAACUAAUUCCGUUUUUUUUUAACAUUAUUAAGAGAGGGGAGUCAUCAAAAAAGUUAUUGUCAAUAAUCACAACAUUCAAAAACUAAAAUAAAGAGUCUAUAAAAAUUAUCAGCAAUAUGAAAGCAUUGUUUUAAUUAUUUUAUAACAAUUCUAAUGAUGAACUUAAGGUUAUGUUACUUAAACUCUACCAAAAUAUGUAUCCUGUCCCUUUAAUUUUUCAAAAUCCAUCUUUAUAAACUGCUAAAGAAGAAAUUGAUUUAUAUGGAUUUAAUGAGAAACUGUAUUAUGUAUUUUAAACAUCUUUUCCUAUCAUUAAUUUUUCCUUAAGCUAAAAGUAAGCUUAAAUAGGGAAGACAGAGUUAAUAAAUUAAUUGUUUUACUAAUAGGAUAAAUUUGAGACAUAGGAUACUUGCCAAUUAAAUAACAAUACUAUUGAUAUAAUGUUUGAUACAUAAUUUAAUGGAUCAAGAAAUUUUAGUGUUGCUGAUGCUCAUGGCUAAUUUCCAAUAGAAUUAUUAGUUAAAAUUUUGCCAUUAUUCCGAAUGUGGAUUCUACAAUUUGAUUCAGAAUAUGAACUUAUUGAAAAUUAUAGAAAGUUAUAGGAAAUCAAGAAAAGCCUGCCUAAACAAAAUUCUACAAUAUGUUUUAUUAUAAGAAAUUACAAAGGAGAGUUAGAAGAGAAUAUUAUUAAUGAAGAAUUAAAGAAAAAUUUAGAGCAGUUGAAAAAAGAUGGAAUAAAAGUACAUAAAAUAAUUGAUUUGGCUUAGAAAGGUUUGGAUAAAUCUUUAAAAGAGUAAGAAUUGUAACUUGCCUAAUCUUUUAUUUUCAAUGAGAUCACUAAAGUAAAUUAACAAUAAUCAUUAGUCACUAAUUAAGAUUUUUUAGGAAUAAUAUAAAAAUUUGAUUCAAAAGAAAAAAAUAUCUCUCAUUAAUUUUUAUAAGACAGGGUUAUCAUUAAAGAUUUAGAAAAUGAACUAAAUAGAUUGGUUUAAACACCUUUGGGAUUUUAUGAUUAAGAAGCUUUUCCAAUCAGAUCCAUAGAAUACCAAUUAAAGAUUUUAAAAGAAAAAGAAAUCUAAUUGAUUCAAUAAAAAAAUAAUACAAGUUAAAUUUAAACAAACAACUAAAAGGAGUUUGACAAAAAUCAAGAUAACAAAGAAUAUGAAGAAACAAAGUAAUAAAUAAUCAAAUUAGAAGAUUCAAUUAAGAACGCUGAAUUAUCAAACCUUUUAAAUAUGUUUUGUAAAAUAUUUGACUAAAGCUCAUACUAUAUUUUAUAUUUAUAAUUUACAGAUUAAGUUAGAAAAUUUAAUGAACGUAACACUUAUGAAUUGUAGGAAAAAAAUCAAAUUAUUAAUGAAAAAUUGAUGAAACUUAAAAAAGACAGGGAUUAAAUAAAGCUUAAAAAGAAUGAAACUAAUAAAGAAGCUUCAUCAAUAAUAAAUUAUGAUGGAAAAAAUAAAAUAUAUAAAAAAUAACAAGAUGAACUAAAGCAGGAACUAAAAUAAAAUUUGGAAAAUAUAGCAUUCAGAAAUAUUGGGAUAGAAAUGUUUUGGAGGGAGCUGAUUGCAAUUAAUUAAAGAAGUUUGGCUAAUAAAUAAAUUGAUCCAGCAGAUAAAGUAUAUGAAAUGAUUAAAAAAGGGGAACCUUUUGAAUUUCUAGACGGAGAUUCUCUUUAGAUAAAUGCAAAAUUUUUGGAUGAACUUAAAAAUAAAUUCACAAAUUCGGGAAAAGAGAAGGUUUUAGUAUUAAGUGUUUUAGGACCUUAAAGUUCAGGAAAAUCUACUAUUUUAAAUAAAAUAUUUGGAUGCCAUUUUUGGACAAGUGUUGGUAGAUGUACAAAAGGUAUUUAUUUAAAUUUGUUGAAAAUCUAAUUUAAAGAAUACUUUAAUAAUUUAUUUGAUUAUAUAUUAAUACUUGAUUCAGAAGGAUUAUAGAAUCCAAAUCAGAUUGAUCCUGAGUUUGAUAAAAAAAUUGCUCUUUUUGUCUUGGCAAUAAGUGAUAUCAUUUUGAUAAAUGUUAAAGGAGAUAUACAUCAACAAUUUAAAAAUUUGGUUGAAAUGUGCAUUUUUACUUUAGUAUCUAUGAAAUCUAAUCUCUCUUCUAUAAAGUAAUUAAGUUGGUGUUUUAAUUAAAAUAACGAUGCUAACAAUUUUGCUCCAUUUUUAAACUAAAUACAAGGAAUUGCCAAUAGUUUAAAUUUAGAAUAUAAUAAUGAGUAAGAUGCAAAAAAUUAAGCCAUUGAUUAUAAUGAAUUUUUAAAUAUUUCGAAAGAAAAUAUUUAAAUAUUAGGAUUUGCAUGUAUUGAGAAAUUAUGGAGAAAGAAUGAAAGUUUAGGUAUUAUUAACGAUUGGAGAUAAUUAAUAAUAAAUGAAACAUUUUCCGAAGAAGCUUAUCUUUAUGGAAUAAGAAUGAUUAAGAAUUUUAUAAUAAAGUUUUAAUCAUAAACUGACACCUCCCAAAUGUAAAGUUUAAGUUUGUUCAUAUAAAAUAUAAAUACUAAUUGGUAAACUAUUUGUAAUUUACCAGAUUUAUUGGAAUUUGCUGAAUUAAUCUAAUACAAACAAGAUUAAUUGAUGAAAAAUAAAUUUGAACAAAUUUAUGAUGAUUAAAAUUUUAGUUUUAAGAAUGAAAUAGCAAAUGAAAUAAAUGAUAAAAUUCGCAGUAACCCUGUAAAAAACUUGACCUUUUUUAAUAAAAUUUAAGAUGAAAAAAAUGAAGAUCUUAGAAUAAGGUUUAGCUAAAUUGAACAAGAUAUAUAAGAUAAACUACUAGCAUUUAAAUAAGAUAAACAAAUUUAAAAGAAGAUUUACUUGAAAUAUUUAAAGCAAUUAAGCCAACGUAUAAAUAGUUCCUUAAAAGAUUCAGAAGUAAUCGUAUUUGAAGAAAUAAAAAAUAUUGAAAGAGAGUAUCAAAACAAAAGGGGAUUUAAGUCACUUGAUGACUUUAUUCUUGGAAUUAGCAAAGAUCCAGAUUAAUUAGCUUAAUUCAAAGAAAAUGAGGGUGAAAUUAAAGCUGCAUUUAAUAAAUUAUGGGGGGAUAUUACAAGAGAAUCAGAGCAAAAGCAAAGUGAAAUAUUACAAGAAUAUUCUACCAAGCAAUAUUAAUGCAUUUCUUCUUCAUUCAAUGAAUACAAAUUAAACACAUAAAAUGAAUAAUUAUAUAUAACCUCAUUUCUUGAGAAUAUUAAUAAUAAUUCCCCUUUUCGAUAAGAUUUCGAUGAAAGAAUGUAAAUUUAUAAUAUUUUUGAAAAAGAAUUAAAAAGUUAGGUUUAAUUUCGACCAAUUUUUAACACAAAAGAAACAAUGAGAUAUGGAGAGGUAUUCCUUUAAAAUUUAGAAGAUCGGAUGAAAAGACCUAAUACUAAAUAUGAUGUAAUGGAUAUCAAAAAUUAUUACUAAUUUUAAAUCAAAGUUUAUUAUGUUGAAAAAAAAACUUUGGAUGAUUACAUUAAAAAAGAUAAAAAAGAUAAAAAAGAGGGAUUNUUUAGAAUAUAAUAAUGA